UCAUGGCGCGGUGGCUGUGGCGUCGCUCUGUUGCUUUUUGCCAAAGUUUGGCUCCAUUAAAAAUAUAGUGAAACAACGACGGGAACUUCAAACAUUCUUUAAUGGACUUUAUAAUGUUCGCUCACAGAACAAAUCUCUGCUGAGACACCGGUAAAGUGGUGAAAGCUGAGCGCCAUGUCGUUACUGUGCGUCAGAGUGAAAAAGGCCAGCCUCCAAGGACCCGCAGGCAAGUUCAACACCUAUGUGACCCUGAAGGUGCAGAAUGUCAAAAGCACAACAAUCGCUGUGCGGGGGGCCCACCCAUGCUGGGAACAGGAUUUCAUGUUUGAGAUUAACCAGCUGGAACUUGGCCUGAUUGUGGAGGUGUGGAACAAAGGCCUCAUUUGGGACACCAUGGUGGGGACAGCCUGGAUCCCGCUGAAGACCAUCCGACAGUCACAGGAGGAGGGUUCAGGAGAUUGGAUCGGUCUGGAUGCAGAGGUUUUGAUGAACAAAGAUGAGAUUUGUGGAACCAAGAACCCAACGCCUCAUCAGGUCUUGCUGGACACUCGCUUUGAACUGCCUUUUGAUAUACCAGAUGAAGAGGCGCAGUACUGGACAGGCAAACUGGAACACAUCAAUAAUACCAUGAUGAUUCACGAUGAGUACCUUGAUGAAGAUGACGAUCAAAGUGGCCCGCUGCCGUUUGCUGCCUCCCAGUGCUCUCUGGAUGACCAGGACAGCGCCGUAGACGAUCGGGACAGCGACUACCGCAGUGAGACAAGCAACAGCCUUCCCCCUCCAUUCCGCACAACCUCUCAACACAACACGUCUGUGCACCAGUACCCCAUAGGGUCCCGGCUGCACUACCCCCAGGAGUUCUGCACGGACUCGGUCCACAGUUUUGAGUUGGACUACAGGGACCAGCGAGGCUGCAGUCCAGUGGAAAGUAGUCGCUCUGGAUCUUCAGAAAACAUGAGCCAGACCAGCUCCCAGCUUAGUGAGACUGGGCAGGAGAGCACUGGAAUAUCCAAAAUGGAGGACUCCUUCCAGUCUUACCACAGUACAGGAUCUCACCCCUCCACCACUGGGCAGCCACGAACAAAUGAACACCUUUCCACUGAUGGAAACUCUCUAAUCUGUCAGCAGGGUCUGCCCCCCUCAGACAAAGAAUUAUCCAAAGUCCAAAGGAUCUCUGAUGAAGGAGGAGCACAGUUACCUUUUUCCCCUUCCAGGAUUCUUUGGUUGAGGGCCAUUAAUAAAGUCAGGGCUCAACUUCAGGAAAGGACAGAGUCAGGGGACGAGGAGGAGGUGGGAACAGUUGACCCUGAGUACCACUGUUCAGGAAUGUUCCCCAGUAGACACCCCAGCAGGAAGGAUGAACCUCACAGGUCAGAAUGUCUUCUGUUGUCACCCAAAAAAGAAGAUUUGCAGAAGAAGCAACCAGAAAGCCUCAAAGUGGGCAACAGCCCAAAAGAGGAGCUGCAGAAAUGCAUGCAGGGGCUUGAAGAUGACUCCCAUCAGGUAUUGUCAUCAGUGGAAAAAUCCUGCACCUCCGAUGGUGUUAACAGCUCUGAGGAACACAAGAGUUCUGAUUGCCAGGGUGCACUGGGCCCCACUGAGAAGAUCAGAACUAAAGAAGAGAAUGAAGAUGACGGGACAGAACAAAGAUCUAGUAACCUAGUGGAAAACAUCCUUAAAGAACUGAAAGGCAUCAAUAAGAUUCAAGAGGAGAUUUCAGACCUGAGGCAGUAUCUAACAUCUGUGCGAGGUUCUGUGGAUGAAGUUUCUUGUUGUGUAGAUGCAGUACUCAGUGAGAUAGGUGAACUGUAUUCAAGUGCACCUCAUCCCAGUCCUGUUUCUGAAAUGCCAAACAUUAGGCGAGGAAACCUAGACAGACAAAAUGCCAUCACAUCUCUUCACAUGACAGAUGGCAGCCUAUUGCGGACUUGCGAGGAUCAUGACAAACAUUCAGCAUGUGCACAGUCUAACAAAUCACCAACACAAUGGCAUUUUGAUGUUGUCCCUUUCAACCCAGAUGACCAAAUGGACAAAGAGAUAUCACGGCAUAGUUUGGAAAUGCUCAUGUCAGCUCCAGCUAAACCUGACUUGGGCUACCUGGACGUUCACUCUGGCUAUGAAUGUCAAAGUACAAGCUGUUUUUCCUCAUGUUCCAGUUUGAUCCAUCAAGAGUCAGGCAGCAACUUUCUUUCUGGUGAUAAAAAAUAUGUCAGAUGGCUUUCUGGAGAUAUGCAGCACAGUAUCAUUGGUGGAGGUGAUUGGAGUGAAGAAGACCUCUGUUCAUGUACCAAGAGUGGUGAAGCAUUGGAUAAAUAUCCUUGUGUUUGGAACAGGUGUGCCACAGGUGAGACCAAAAACAGCACACCAGGGCAUUCCUCGCAAGACAGCUCUGAACAUCUCUCUCUGUUGUUUGGACAGCACUACAACUCUCCAUCAAGCUCCUCCAGUCUGGUAGACUGGAGGACCCUCCAGUUGCCGGCUGAACUUGAAAACCCUGAUAAUGACUGGGUUGCAAACUGUCUAUACUCUCGUAGCUCCGGUUACCGCACCAUGGGUACCUGUUUGAAUGAAGAGGGCAGUGGGCCUUACAGGAGCUUGAGUUGCUCAACAGUGCUUUUGACAGACUUUGAUGAUGGUUACCUGGAGCCACGUUCCCCAUGUGAUGAUGGUCCAUUGUCAGGUGACACUCUGAAUCUAGGCUCUUCUGAGAGUUUGGACAAGGAAUGGACUGACCACGGUAUCUCCAGUGAUGAUGGAGGACAUUCUCUGCCCCUAGAUUAUUCUGAGAUAAAUUCUGAUCAAGAAGCCAAGUCUUCUGCUGCUAGUUUUGAUAUGAAAACCUUCAGUAAAGCUGCAUUUACCUUCAAGUUGGCUUUAAAAGGUGCUUUGCAAAAGCUAGAAGGCUCUUACCUGGAAGAAGAGGGAGGUCCUUCUCCUGUCAGUGAACCUCCAGAGAUUGUAGAAGGACAAGUACAUCUGCCACAGAAUCCCACCCUGGAAGCUAACAAUGAGGAUUCAGUAUAUCUAAACUCUGUCCAGAGACAAGAAAACCUGUCAAGCUUCCUUCAGGUCUCCACCAAUGAAGUAAGCCAGUUUCCCUGCACCACUGCUGAAAGUCACUCCAUUGAGAUUUCACAGUGCAGCGAAGAAUGUCCAAAAAAUGAAGAACUGUCAAACAGUGAUCUGACCCCAGGUCACUUUCCAGCUGGACAGAAUGACAGUCCUUUGGCUCUGGUCCUCAGUACGGAAGAAGGGGGUUUGAGUCCAAUUCGGGAAAACCACAUUCUUGAUAAGGCUGACCUAACAAAGCCAGCCAGUGCCAGUCGCAAAGAGCGUAUAGCUAAUUUCCAGCGCAUUCUGAGGGAAAAGCGGGAAAAAACUCGCAAUAGACUGUCCAGAUCUGCUCAGGGGUCCGAGAGCUCCUAUGGCUCUGAAGGGUCACAAGCAUCCCAUUCACAAGAAGAAUUUCACCAAGACUAUUUCAGAGAAGAUAAUCAGGUUCAAGAUGAAGAAAAACAUUCCUGGAUCAAACCAGGUGGCAUCUCUGGGCUGUAUGGGAUCGACAGCAUGCCAGACCUGCGUAAAAAGAAGCCAAUCACUUUGGUCAGCGAUGUGGCAUUGGUCCAGGCCAGGAAGGCGGGGAUUGCAUCAGCCAUGGCGGCACGUUCCUCAAUCAAAGAUGAAGAGUUGAAAAACCAUGUUUACAAGAAGACCCUCCAGGCUCUCAUAUACCCCAUAUCUUGCACUACACCACACAGUUUUGAGGUGUGGACGGCCACGACGCCCACAUACUGUUACGAGUGUGAGGGGCUGCUGUGGGGAAUUGCUCGCCAAGGAAUGCGUUGCUCAGAGUGCGGGGUCAAAUGUCAUGAGAAGUGCCAAGAGUUGCUGAACGCUGACUGCCUUCAGCGUGCUGCAGAGAAAAGUUCUAAGCAUGGAGCCCAGGACAAAACUCAGAAUAUCAUCAUGGCCAUGAAGGACCGGAUGAAGAUCAGGGAGAGAAAUAAACCAGAAGUCUUUGAACUCAUAAGAGAAGUGUUUGUCAUCAGUAAAGCUGCCCAUGCCCAGCAAAUGAAGACCAUCAAACAAAGCGUACUGGACGGCACUUCAAAGUGGUCUGCUAAGAUAACCAUCACAGUGGUUUGUGCCCAGGGUCUUCAAGCUAAGGACAAGACAGGGUCCAGUGAUCCGUAUGUCACAGUUCAGGUGGGAAAGACCAAGAAAAGAACAAAGACCAUUUAUGGCAACCUCAAUCCAGUCUGGGAGGAAAGGUUCCACUUUGAAUGCCAUAAUUCGUCAGACAGAAUUAAAGUUCGUGUGUGGGAUGAGGAUGAUGACAUCAAAUCACGAGUAAAGCAGCGUCUCAAGAGGGAAUCGGAUGAUUUCCUUGGCCAAAGUAUUAUAGAAGUGAGAACAUUAAGUGGAGAAAUGGAUGUCUGGUACAACUUGGAAAAGAGAACUGAUAAGUCUGCUGUGUCUGGUGCCAUUCGCCUACAAAUAAAUGUGGAGAUCAAAGGAGAAGAGAAAGUAGCUGCGUAUCACGUGCAGUACACCUGCCUGCAUGAGAAUCUGUUCCACCAUUCCACUGAUAUGCUUGGCCAGGGCGUUGUGAAGAUCCCAGAGGCUCGCAGCGAUGACAGUUGGAAAGUCUACUUUGAUGAUGUAGCGCAAGAAAUCGUUGAUGAGUUUGCAAUGCGUUAUGGGAUUGAGUCUAUCUACCAGGCCAUGACGCACUUUGCCUGUCUGUCUUCGAAGUACAUGUGUCCCGGGGUCCCUGCGGUGAUGAGCACCCUGCUAGCGAACAUCAAUGCCUUCUACGCCCACACGACUGCCUCCACCAAUGUGUCCGCCUCUGACCGCUUCGCCGCUUCCAAUUUCGGGAAAGAACGCUUCGUCAAGCUUUUGGACCAGUUACACAACUCUCUGCGCAUUGACCUCUCUACCUAUAGGAAUCACUUCCCCGCCAGCAGUAAGGAGCGCCUGCAGGAUCUCAAAUCCACUGUGGAUCUGUUAACCAGCAUCACCUUCUUCAGGAUGAAGGUCCAGGAGUUGCCGUCUCCCCCCCGAGCAAGUCAGGUGGUGCGGGAUUGUGUCAAGGCCUGUCUCAACUCGACGUACGACUACAUCUUCAAUAACUGCUAUGAACUGUACAACAGGCAGUACCCGCCCGUGGACGCCAACAAGGAAGAAGUCCCUCUGGAGGAGCAAGGUCCCAGCAUCAAAAAUUUGGAAUUUUGGCCGAAACUCAUCAUGCUCAUUGUCUCCAUUAUUGAAGAGGACAGUGACUCCUACACGCCUGUGCUCAACCAGUUUCCUCAAGAACUAAAUGUGGGGAGAGUGUCUGCUGAGGUCAUGUGGACGUUGUUUGCACAAGACAUGAAGUAUGCUAUGGAAGAGCAUGAGAAGCACCGACAGUGUAAAAUCACCGACUACAUGAACCUGCACUUCAAGGUCAAGUGGCUGUUUAACGAAUAUGUGAAGGAGCUGUCACAGUUUGAUGGUGUUGUUCCAGAUUACCCCUCCUGGUUCCUGCCAUUCGUGCUGCAGUGGUUGGAUCAGAAUGAGGACGUAUCCAUGGAGUUUAUGCACGGAGCCCUUGAGAGAGACAAAAAAGAUGGAUUCCAGCAGACGUCUGAACAUGCGCUCUUCUCCUGCUCUGUGGUAGACAUCUUCACCCAGCUCAACCAGAGUUUUGAGAUCAUCAAGAAAUUGGAAUGUCCUGAUCCUGAAGUCAUGGCUCAGUACAGCCGCCGCUUCUCCAAAACUAUUGCCAAAGUUCUCCUGCAGUACAGUGCCAUUCUGACCAAAAGUUUUCCUUCGUAUAUUGACAAGGAGAAGAUACCGUGUGUCCUGAUGAAUAACGUACAGCAGCUAAGAAUCCAGCUGGAGAAGAUGUUCGAGUCGAUGGGUGCCCAACAGAUGGACAAAGAGGCCAGUAACUUGCUGAACAACCUGCAGGUGAAGUUGAACAACGUCCUGGAUGAACUCAGCAGUACUUUUGGCAACAGUUUCCAAAGUUGUAUCAGUGAUUGUAUGCAUCAGAUGGCGUCUCUGCUCAACCAGAUCAAGGGGCCGCUCAAUGCCAACACCAAAAAUGAGGUUGAUGCCGACUCCGACAACAUGCUGCGACCACUCAUGGACUUCCUCGAUGGAAAGUUGACACUGUUUGCUUCCAUAUGUGAGAAGACUGUGUUGAAACGUGUCCUCAAGGAGCUGUGGAGGAUUGUGAUGACCAGCUUGGAGAAAACAAUUGUCCUGCCUCAGGGCAAUGACACCUUUGGGGCGCAGAUCCUCUUGGCUGCAAAAGAGUUGGGUCAGCUGUCCAAACUCAAGGAUCACAUGGCAGGAGAGGCUAAAAGUCUGUCUCCAAGACAGUGUGCUGUCAUGGACGUGGCUUGGACAAUCAAGCAAUACUUCCACGCAGGAGGCAGUGGGCUGAAGAAAACGUUCCUUGAUAAGAGUCCUGAGCUGUCCUCUCUCCGCCACACUCUGUCCCUCUAUACUCAGACCACAGACACCCUCAUCAAGACCUUUGUGACCACACAACAUGCACAAGGAUCAGGUGUGGCCAAGCCAAUAGGUGAUGUGUCAGUCCAGAUUGAACUCUACACUCAUCCUGGUAAAGGAGAACGCAAAGUGACUGUCAAAGUCAUGGGAGCAAAUGACCUCAAAUGGCAGACCUCAGGGAUGUUCCGACCCUUUGUGGAGAUCACCAUGAUCGGACCUCACCUCAGCGACAAGAAACGCAGGUUCCAGACCAAAUCCAAGAACAACAGCUGGUCUCCCAAAUACAACGAAACUUUUCAUUUCAUGUUGGGCAAUCAGGACGGCUUUGAGUGCUACGAGGUGCAAGUCUGCGUCAAAGACUACUGCUUUGGUCGUGCUAACCGAGUGGUGGGCUUGGCCGUGAUUCAGUUAAGAGACAUCAUGGAAAAGGGCAACUGUGCCUGCUGGUGCCCACUGGGCGAACGCAUCUACAUGGAUGAGACUGGAGUGACUGCCAUGCGAAUCCUCUCUCAGCGCUCUAAUGACGAUGUGGCCAAGGAGUUCGUCAAACUGAAGUCAGAAGUGCGUUCGGCCGAGGAGGGCAGAUGAGGAGGUGCUGGGAGAGGAGGAGACUGAAGGUUGUAAACAAGCUAAGCUGUAGUGAAUUUGGGCUCACAGACAGAAUGGCCAAUUUAAACAUCUCAGAAAUACAUGAGAAAGUUUUUGUUUUUUCCAUCACUUCUUCCUGUGAUGCGUUUUUACAUGUUGCCUUUCAGCUUUUGUUUCUUUUGACCUCUUUCUUCUCCUUAAAUCACUCUGAAGGACAAACGCCAAAUUGUCUAGUCUUCAUCCUUCUGAUUCAGUUCCUCGCAAGUCAAGAAGAAUCUACGCUUCCAGAUUUAUCUCCACCCACUUUGACUCAUAUGUGCCACCUAGUGGUGUGGAAAGACAGACGGCUGCUUUCUGUCAUGAAAUCAGUUCUGUUCGCUUAGG